AUGAACCGGAUGAGCUCUCCAUAUGCCACAAUAAUUGACAAACUCGACUUUGACAUGGCCAUAUACGCCGCUAAGCUCGAUCGUGCUCUCAAAGCUAGCGACAAAGAUGCCAUCGUCAAAAUAUUGACGUCAAUUAGCAAUAACCAGCGUCAAAUGGUCAGUUACGCAUGGAGAAAAGCAUUUCCUGUGUGCACAAAUUAUUUAAUUCAAGGUUGUUGGGAAGAGUAUGAACUUAGUAUAAAACUCCUUUAGCG